AUGCCGCACCCGACCUCGGUCCUCAUCACCGGCGCCAAUCGAGGCAUCGGCCUCGGGCUGACGAAGGAGUACCUGAAGCUCGACGCCGUCAAGCACAUCUUCGCCACGGCGCGCAACCCGACAAGGCCGAGAAUGGACGUGCAAGAUGUCGCCUCGAUCAAGGCCGUCUACGAGCAGGUCUCGCGUGUCGUCGGCGACUCGGGCCUCAACUUGCUGAUCAACAACGCCGGCAUCUGGACGAACUACGUGGUUGCUGCAGAGCCCGACCCGGCGGCGCUGCUCAACAUUCUACACACAAACGCCGCCUCGCCCCUCAUCGUCAGCCAGAUCUUUCUGCCCCUCAUCCGCAAAUCCGUGGCCAAUGGCGGCGAAUGGGGCGCGCAAAGAGGCGCGAUCAUCAAUAUCAGCUCGGGCAUGGGAUCGAUCGGCGAGAACACGUCGGGCAGCGGGGCCAACCACUCCAUCGCCUAUCGCAUGAGCAAGGCGGCCCUGAACCAGAUGAUGAAGACGCUGGCGGUGGAUCUGAAGAAGGAGGGCAUUCUGCUGGCCGCCUUCUGCCCCGGCUGGGUGCAGACCGAUAUGGGAGGCAAGAAUGCGGCCACUACGGUAGACGAUUCGGCCGAGGCGCUGGUGAAGACGAUCGGCUCGUUCGACGAGCAGCACACUGGCGGCUACUUCCGGCGUCACGGCGACAAGAUCGAGUUC